AUGGGUGAUCCCAAAGAAGCGGAGAAUGUUAAUGCUGAAAAUGCGGCUGUGGUUGCCGCUGAUGGAGAACUCAAUCCCAAUCUAGAAAAUGCUGCACAAGAUCAUCAACAAUUUGAUCCCCAACUCCCUAGUGAAAAUAAAGGGGCAGAGUUGUCUGCAUUGGAUGCUGGUGGUGUUCCUAUGGAUGUGGAGACCCUCAAUUGUACAAAUGAUGCCCCUGGCAUUAUUGAACUUGCUCCUGUUGCUGAUAAUCCCGACAAAGCCGACAAUCCACAUUGCUCGGGGGACAUAAUGGCUAGUGCUGCUGCUGCUCCUGAGCCCCUCUCUGCUGAUAAAGAGUCCUCUAUUGGCGUUGCUGCUUGUGCGGAGCCCCCUGCCCAUAAAUCAUCGGACGAUGCUAAGCAGGAAGCAAAUAAUGAAGAUGCAAGUUUCAAAUCCAGGCGUCCUGAUGAUAGCAGUGCUGAUGAUGGCACAAUUGUUCCAAAUGGUCAGAAGCAAUUUUCUACCACCAAAUAUGAGGAAGAUACGGUUUCUCCUGUGGCUGAUAACCAGUCUGCUGAGAGCAAAGAUGAUCAGGGGGGAGAGAGAGUCUCCGUAUUGAAAGACGAACUGGCCAAGGUUGACUUGCCGGUUCACUCUGUAAAUAAGAAGGAACUUGCCAAAUCCAAGUUGGAUGAAGAAGAGUCUGGAGGUGCUCUGAGAACCCCUGGCAGAAAUUUCCUUUUGGAACCUUCAUCGGAUGAGGGAUACGAGUCGGGAACAGAGGAGGAACAAUUGGAGUUCAUGAAGGAGGUUGAAACUUUUUAUAGAGAUAAUCACUUGGAGUUCAAGGCCCCAAAGUUUUACAAAGAAGAACUAAACCUGCUUAAGUUAUGGAGAGCUGUCGUCAAACUGGGAGGCUAUGAACAGGUGACAUCAUGCAAGUUAUGGCGGCAAGUUGGCGAAUCAUUUAGACCUCCAAAGACGUGCACAACAGUCUCGUGGACAUUCAGAAUUUUUUAUGAGAAGGCAUUGUUUGAAUACGAGAAGCAUAAAAUGCGUAAUGGUGAGCUUCCUUUUUCUGAUGGUAUAUCAAUCGAGGCUACAAGGCCAGAAAACCAGUCCAGUGGAAGCUUGGGUCUCGUACCUGGUCGAGCGCCACGAAGAGAUGCUGCUGCUCGUGCAAUGCAGGGUUGGCAUUCUCAACGCCUGCUUGGUAAUGGCGAGGUUUCUCAACCAGUCAUUAAGGAUAAGAAUUUGAGCUCCAUCCCCAAGGUUGAGAAGCCAUUGAAGACAAAUGGUUUACUUAAGAGGAAGAAGCUGUCAAGUGCUGAACGCGCCAUUAAUGUUUCUCCCUUGAAAACAACAAGGACACAAGCGGAUAGUGUGGUAAUCGAUGUGGGACCCCCUGCUGACUGGGUGAAGGUCAAUGUACAGAGAACUAAUGAUUGCUAUGAGGUAUAUGCUUUAGUUCCCGGACUUCUACGCGAGGAGGUUCAUGUUCAGUCUGAUGCAGCUGGGCGCUUGGUUAUAUCUGGUCAACCAGAACAACUUGAAAAUCCCUGGGGUGUCACUCCAUUUAAAAAGGUGGUUAGCCUCCCUUCAAGGAUCGAUCCUCAUCAAACAUCCGCAGUAGUGACCUUGCACGGUCAGUUAUUUGUGCGAGUACCAUUCGAGCAGUCUGAUGGUUAA